AUGGCAAUCCUAAACCUGUUACCCCUGAACUAUCGGCGGCCAGCCUUGGUCGAAAGACCAACAACAAGCGCCAGUCAAGUUUCGACACAGCAGUCUGAAGAUGGAUCUGUCAAUCAAGGUGACACAUCCUUGAAGUCGAUCAGGUCGGGCAGCUCAGGAGGUAUCCCGCCGCCUCUCAGCUUUGAUCAUAUCAUAGAAGGGGGUACCUGCCCUCCUUGUACCGUUCGUGACUUCAUGAACUAUCUCAUCUAUGUCGAGCGCUCUGCCGAAAACCUCCAAUUUUUCCUAUGGUACCGCGACUUUGAGAAGCGCUUCAACGAAGCUCAAACAGCGGACCUCACCCUCGCACCAGAAUGGACCCUGGCGAUGGAGGAAGAAGCCAUUGCCCGUAUCAAGAAGGAGCAGGCCGAGAAGGCCCGCGUCAAGCCCUCCAAGUCUGUCAGCCCAGCCGUGGCUGAAAUCCUCAAGGGCACCGACUUUGAGAAGCCCAUCCGGAAGCCCUCCGUGGCCACCACCAUUGCCACGACCCCCAUAAGCCCUCUGGCAGCAAGCAACGGUGGGGAUCCGUUUGGUACACCCCCUCGCACCCCCUCAGACCGUGGUCAUCACUACCCUAAUUCAACCACAGCAACAACCUACAACACUGCCGCCAACGAAGCCUUUGCGCUGGCUGGGCUCAAGGCCCCAUUCACGGUUCAGCCGUUCAGGGUCGAGUUGGACAGGAUCAUCGCGACGUAUAUCAUGUCCGGCAGCCCAAGGCAACUCAAUCUUUCUGACCGGGAGCAAAAGGUUGUGCUGCAAGCUCUUUGCUUCACCACUCAUCCCUCUGCGCUGAGGGUGGUGGUCAGGAGCGUAGAGUCCACUCUUCGUCAGCAAGCCCACCCCAACUUCAUCCGCUGGUCGAUUUGCAAUGGUAACCCUGUCAGAGUAACAUUCGCCCGCUGCCUUGGAGUAGGCACUAUCGCUCUGAGCACCAUCGCCGCCAUCAUCCUCACUUUGUCAUCUGCCCCUAGAGGCUUCAGGGCGCUGCCAGCAAUAGGGUGGGUGAUUGGCGUUGCAACACUCGUAGCAGCAUACAAGGGAAUGUGCGUGGUCUUGCAUGGCCUCCAUCACAGACACGUGAGGCCAUGGGAGCUGUUUGUUGUUGACGAGGAGGACAAUCAGCAGAACGAGAAGGAACAGGAUGUGAGGAGUGAAAAGAGCCUGGAGACUGGGAGCAACAGUUUUGAGAAUGAGCCGUGGGUGGUCAAGUAUGAGAAAAGGAAUUUGAUCAGGAAGAUUUUUGAUAGGGAGGUUUGGAUUCAGGAACCGGCGCUCAGACAGAUCCAGGACACCAUUUUUGUGCAGAGCUUGCUGUUUGCGUUUAUUUGCGCAGGGGGGUUGACGGCGAUUUUUGUGCCGCUUCCGGGUGGGAAUCUGUUUUGA